UAGCCCCAGUCGUCGUCGUCGCAGUUUCUUGUAUAAAAAAUAAAAGCUUUUUAAAAUAUCACCAAGUAAAAAUGGGUGGCACCAGCUAUGAUGUGCUACGCAAGCAAGCGCGCUCACUGGAAAAUGAAAUUGACCUCAAAUUAGUGGCAUUUAGUAAGAUCGGUGCAGGCAGCAGUACUAGCGUAGCGACUAAUAAUGCAUCUGACACAUCACCUUUACUGAGCGAACAUAUCUUUGACACCGUAUCCGUGGAAAUUGAGCAGAUGCUGGACAAGCUUUCCACGCUGAACGAAUCCAUGUCAGAAUUGCCUGCUACAGGCGCAGCCGCAAUGCACACGCUCCAGCGGCACAGGGAAAUACUGCAGGGCUACCGGCAGGAAUUCAACAAGAUUUGUGCUAAUCACACCAUGCGCAUUGAGCGGGAGGAACUUUUGCGUGGCUCCGGCCUUGCCCCAACCAGCAGUCCAACCAUUUCCGGCUUGAGCCGACGCGACAUGUACUUGAAGGAAAGUGGACAUCUGCAUAGUUCGAGCAGUAUGGUGAACGAUCAGAUCAACAUUGCCAUCGAGACGCGUGAUAAUUUGCACGCCCAGCGAUAUGCAUUCAAGCGUCUCCAAACACGGUUCAAUGACAUUUCCAAUCGCUUUCCCUUGAUAUCGAGUCUUAUUCAACGAAUUAAUAUCAAGAAACGACGCGAUUCGUUAAUACUGGGAGCGGUAAUUGGCUUUUGUGUUAUUCUGCUUCUGCUCUAUGCCUUUAACUAACGACGCUGGACAUCAUAGAUCCAAAGACGGAGCUCAAUUUCAUAAAAACUUCUACUUCUAUUCUAUUAAUUCCAACUUUCCCUUGGUAAAUAAUUUAUAUUUGUCUGUAUAUUAAACAUGUGAUAGAAAUAAAAUAUAGUAUUUAAGUUAACAUGUAAACAUUUAAUAUUAUUGUUCUAAUCAAUACUUUCACAUACAACUAAAUUGUGAAUGUU